AUGAUCGAUCAAGUAAGCCCGAAAGACUAUGUAUUACUGUUUCUUACAGCACAUGAUAACAUUUUUGUAGUAGCUACACGAUCUCGUAUUGAAGAGCGUUAUACUAGUUAUUUGCCUCCAGUUAACGGUCAAGUCGCAUCAUCAUUCACACAUGAUAUGCCGCAGCAGUUUGUUAACACGAUUGGACCCUCUGAACGCUAUGAUGGUAAAGUGUCCGAACUGAUUCCGGGUUUGCACAGACAAGCCGCAUUGGAUGGCGUUCCUCAAGCAGAUGUUGAUGAGAUUGUAGCAAUUAUUCAACCUCAUAUUGUUGCUGAAGGGUCCGUGCACCGCAGUCUCUUAUCAUUUUACAAUAAACCUGAUACACUUCAAGCCAAAGAAACAUUAACAUCCACGCUGGUCCAUUUAUAUACAAGAGAGACAUUUUUAUACAAAAUGAUUAAUCGACAUCUACGAGAAUUGAAUCAAACAGCAUUGAGAAAUUUAGCACCAUUGAUUAAUUGGAUGCGAGCUGGUCUCAAACGAAAUGCAUCCGUUUCAACUACAUAUCGUGUUGCUCAGUUGACACCACAACAAAUUGCUGAAUACCAAGAAGGUUUGCAUUUUUGUUGGCCCGCUUUUACAUCCACAAAACGUGAUCCGAAAGUUGCGGAAAGUUGA